AUGUGCAAGUCCUCCAUCUCCGACUGUCCACUCCUGCUGACCAUUACUAGCCUGAUCAUCGGGGCCGGUCCAUCAGGACUGACCGUUGCGUACUGGCUGGCUCAGUAUGGUAUAAAUGCUCGCAUUAUCGACAAACGUGGCACCAAGCUGUUCCGAGGCCAUGCGGAUGGUCUGAGGAGCCGAACGCUCGAGCUGUUUGAUAGUAUGGGCUUUGCCCACCGCGUGAUAGAAGAGGGCUACCACGCGGCCGCGUUUAUGUUCUGGAGACCGGACGGGAAGGGAGGUCUGCACCGUACCGGACAACAGCGAAGCACCAUUCAUACUUCGUCGCCAUAUCGCAUGGCCUUGCUGUCACAGGGUCGCAUCGAACGAUUCUUUCUGGACGUUAUCAAAAGCACCUCCGGCCUCGAGGUUGAGAGAGGUGUUAUUGGAGAGUCAUUAAGCUAUGACGAGAGUCUCGAGAAAGAUCCACAGGCAUAUCCCAUCACGGUCCAGUUGCGGAUCCUGAGUGAGGAGGAAGCAACCCCAGCCCCCAACCCAGGUAUCUGUCCCUAUCAGCCAGCCCUGGAUGACCUUGAAGAUCUCAUCCAGAAACGCAAGCACAAGGUUGGGACAAUCGAGACGAUCCGGACCAAGUACCUCAUCGGUUGUGAUGGGGCACAUAGCUGGACGAGAAAACAACUGGGCAUCCCCUUUGAGGGGUCGCACACGGAUCACAUCUGGGGUGUGAUGGAUGUGGUCCCAAUUACGGAUUUCCCCGACAUCCGAUGGCCAUCAUCGAUAGACAGCCCGGAAGGCCAUCUGCUCACGAUUACGAGGGAAGGCAAUAUGGUGCGCUUCUAUGUCCCAUUGCAGGAGGACGACGAAGUGGUGGCGGACUCGUUCGACCGGUCGGCAGUAACCUUGGACAUGCUCCGCGAGAGGGUGAAGAAAAUCAUGGCUCCCUUCUACUUCGACUUCAAGAUUUGCCACUGGUGGGCUGCGUAUCAGGUUGGUCGGAGACUCACGCCCACCGUCAACAAGGGACGGAUGUUCUUGGUCGGAGAUGCCGUCCACACCCACAGCCCGAAGAUAGGAUUGGGAAUGAACAUGAGUAUUCAUGACGGCUUCAACCUCGGUUGGAAGUUGGGGCUUGUCCUGAAGGGAAUGGCCUCUCCCUCCAUCCUCGAUACCUACUCCUCGGAGCGACAUCACCUCGCCCAGAUGGUCCUGGAUUUUGACCAAAAAUGGGCCUCUUUCUUCCUGAAAAAGGAGAAGCAGGAGCAACAGGGACUUGAGGCCUCCCCGCAAGAACAAGAUGACAUCCAGGCGGCCAUGCGGCAAGCCUUCAUCGAUAACGAACAGUUCGCAGAGGGGCACGUUACAUUCUACAAGUCGAGCCCUCUUGUACACAAGGGCAGUACAACAAUGGCCAAGCACCUUGUAGCAGGAGAGAGAUUCCCUGCGGCACUCAUUUGCAACCAAUCCGAUGGCCAACCGUGGUGGACGACUCGACUCCUGAAGAGUGACGGCCGCUUUCGAAUCCUGCUUUUGGCCGGCGAUAUGCGGCUGCAGGACCAGCAGAGUUGCAUGUCGACGCUCAGUGAGAGCCUGACAAAGCUUCUGAAGCGCUUCACGCCCUCCGAACAAAAGCUCGAUUCCGUGAUUGAAGUCAAGGCCAUCCACAGUGCUCCAUUGGAUCAAGUGGAACUCCGUGAUUUCCCGCCAAUCGUGCGUCAAUUCGACGAGGAUGAGGGCUGGGACUAUACGAAAGUGUGGAGUGACAGCAAGUGCUUCUGGGAUGAGCAGUGCAAAGGCAACGCCUAUGAGGUCUGGGGGGUGGACAGGUCAAGGGGCGCCAUGGUGGUUUUGCGGCCGGAUCAGUAUGUCGGAUGGAUGGGAGAGCUCGACGACGUGACCGGCGUGACCGAAUACUUCGAGGGGAUUCUUUGCGAGCGUAAUCCGUCACCUGUGCUGUAGACAUGAUCGACCUGGUGUCUAAGAUAAUCGACCGAGAGAUUUAUUGGGUCAACCUAGGACAUAGAUAGCUUUUUAAUAGGUCGGC